AUGGCCGGAAUCCUUGGUGCUGCCGCCCUGAGCAUUGCGGUGCUCUGCCUUCUCGUCCAAUGUGAGAUCGUCCGAUCUCAAGGACAAGGAACCGUUUACACUGUGGGGGAUAAAAAAGGUUGGGACCUAGAUUUCAAGAUUAUGAAUUGGCCUAAUAACAAACACUUCAAGGAAGGAGAUGUUUUAGUGUUCAAGUCCAAGAACCAAUAUGGUGUGGCUAAGGUGGAUGCAAAAGAAUUCCAACAAUGCCAGACGAACAAUGAAACCAAGAGAUACUACUCCGGGAACGAUAAGUUUACGCUCCAGAAAGGCUCUAAUUACUUCAUUUCUACCGUCCCAGAUUAUUGUGGAUAUGGGAUGAGAAUAAAAGUUGAUGUACUAUGA